AUGAAGCCUCCAGGACCCGGGACGCCCACAGCCUCUGGCGCCCGGGCAGUUUACGCCCCAGGUCCCAGGCUACUCCUGGGGUGCAGACCUGGUAGCGGCUCCAAGUUGCUCAAGUUACAAGUUUUCGUCCUGCUACCGACUUUAUUUGCUCCAGUGACAGCUGGGCCAGUCCAUGAUGUCCCAUCUGACCUACAGAGAGUGGGGCAGAACCCAUCAGAAGGACUCUGUCAAGCAGGCCAGUACCGGUCAGAGAGUGGGAAGUGCAGGCCCUGUGAGGAUGGCAGAGACUUCACCAGUGCUCCCAAUAACAUGAGCUCGUGCAUACCCUGCAGCGUCUGUAAAGAAGAUAAAUAUGAAGAAAGCAGAUGCACCUCAACCAGGGACACGGUGUGUCAGUGCAACUCGGGCACUUAUGAAGACAAAGACUCCACUGAGCACUGCCAGAAAUGCUCUGAGUGCACUGAUGGGGAAAAGGAAGAUACUGCUUGUACCCCGAAGACAGACAGGAUAUGUGUCCCCCAAAACACUUGGACAUUUCUGUCUAUACUAGGCGUUGUGUUUGGGGUUAUGGGGUCGGCGGCCCUGGUGCUGCUGGGAGUAGCUUUGGCUGUUAGGCCUGGAACACGGAGGUCGUUACUGCAGUAUAUGAAAAGCACCUAUCAGGGACCGGAGAGGGCCAGGGACAGCCUGGUCACAGCAGAGCCAGACAAAGAUUCUGAAGGCCGUGGACAGGACCCUGAAAGUGCAACAACUACUGUGCGUAUGUCUCUCUUGAGCACACAACCAUCGAGCUUGGGGAAUGAUUCUCACUACAACGUGGUCAGUCCUACAGUGGAGGCUCCAGAGGAACCUGAGGAAGCUGAGAAUUCUCCAACAGGAAGGAAGUUGCUGGUUCCUGCAAAUGAAAAUGACCCAGUUGACGCCCUGAAGCUGAUCUUCAAUUGCUGUCCAGACAUUGUGCCCUUUAACUCCUGGGAUCGCCUCAUGCGGCAUCUGGGGCUCACAGAUAAUGAGAUUCAAAUGGUCAGAGCUGAAACACAGACCUCAAGAGAUGUCUUGUACCAAAUGCUCCUCAAGUGGCUCAACCAAACAGGGCGGAGUGCCUCUAUCAACCAUCUGCUGGAUGCCUUGGAAGCCAUGGGAGAGAGAUGUGCUCUGGACAGAAUUGAAGACCAUGCAGUGAAAUCAGGGACAUUCACUUAUCAACAGGCUACCGUCCAGCCAGGUGUGCUGGCUCAUACCUUUGACUGCAGCACUCAGGAGGCUGCGGCACUGUUAGUUGGUGUGGCCAUGUUGGAGGAAGUGUGUCACUGUGAGGGAGGGCUUUGA